AUGGAGGAAGCGGAGAUGCUACGAAACGAGGUGAAUCUAGAAGAUGAGAUGCAGGAGGAGGGAGGCCAGCAGAACUCUGAGGAUGACGACGAUGAAGAGGAUUGUAAAACCGAUGAAGACAAGGGAAAAGUCGCUGUUCUUAAUUGCACUGAUGACCAAACCUCACUACCUAAUAAUGACACAGAUAAAAAGAAACAGGGUAGUGUCCUGAAUCUCAACAAUGAGGUGGUGAAGAUGAGGAAGGAGGUGAAGAGAGUGAGGGUGCUGAUCAUCCGCAAGCUUAUACGUCAUAUUGUUGCCCUGAAAAAGAGGAAGGGAAAUGAGGCCGAAGUUGAGAAGAAUCAGAGGAGAGCUGCAAGACUGCUAGAAGAGGUCCACAGCAUGAAGACUCUCUCACCGGACUUGGUGACCAAGACAGCCUUGCAGAAGCAGCUCAACUUUGAGCAAGUGUGCAAAGACCAAAAAUCGACCAUAUCGGACCGGGCUAUUGCACGCAUUGCCACCCACCCACAAUUUGAUAAAAAGAUCGAGAGCAUCAAAGCUGCUGUGAAAGCGUUCAAGGAAGACCGCAUGAAGAGUCUAGAGCUGGAGGGGGAGGCACCACCUAGGAAGCAAGCUGGAAAGGCGGCUCAGCCUUCCCAAGAACAGAGGAGGAAACCCGAGAAGGAGAGGAAGGAGGAAGACAAGGCUUUGGGGUCACCAGAGGUAGCAGACAUUGUGGUUAAAGCGGAGGUCCUUAAAGGCUCUGAAGAUGCACCUGAUGCCAAAGCUGAGAAGAAAAAAGAGAUAGAUGCCCAUUCCGCUGGUACUGCCAAUAUUACCAGAGAAGAAAAGUUGAAUCCGGUGAGUGUAAAACCAGCUCCUGUUAAAAAACACACAAAAGACGGCGUGAAGUCGGAAGCUCAAACCAAAGCUGCAGAGGAGAAUUCAAAGCCCCCUCCGGCUCCUCAAACUCCCGAAAAAAGAAAAGAGGAGGAUGAGAGUGGUGUAGAAUCAUCAGAUGACGAAGAGAAAAUGUACUUUGAUGACAGCACUGAGGAGCGGUUCUACAAACAGUCCUCCCAGUCAGAGGAGAGCGAGGACGACGACUUCUUUUUGGGGAAAAUGAGCAAAUUCAAAAUGAAGAAGAAGAAACAGCCGGGUAGGGAUGGGGAGAAGAAAGAUAAGGUAGAAGAAUUGAAAGAGGACUCUGCAGGUAAUGUGACAUCUUCCGAUAAACUCCAGAGAGAACUGGACGAGCUUGAGUCCAGGUUGAAGUCUAGAGCAAACCCAUGUCAGUCUGUUUUCUGUUCAUCCCUGACUGGGAAGAAAGCUAAAGGAGGCCCCGGCCGGGGGAGGGGUGGGGGUAAAUUUACGGGCCAAAUCAAACCGAAAGGUCUAAACAAAGAUUUUAGCAAACAGUCCACUAAGUUCCAAAGCCAGGAGAGAGCAGUUUCAAAUUCAGACAAGCGCCCCGGGUUUGAGGAAAAGGCCUGGGGAGGGAGAGGGAGGGGGAGGGGCAGGGGGGAUGUCCGAAGGCAAAGGGACCAGGGGGACAAGCGCCCCGGGUCUGAGGAAAAGGCCUGGGGAGGGAGAGGGAGGGGGGGGGGCAGAGGGGAUGUCCGAAGGCAAAAGGACCCGGGGGGUAGAGGGGCCUUUUCUCAUCAGGCAUCCCAACCCGCGCUGCACCCAUCCUGGGAGGCCAGCAAGAAAAGAAAGGAGCAGCAAGGACACAUCCUCGCCUUCCAAGGAAAGAAAAUUAAAUUUGACGAUGACGACUGA